AUGCUUGCUACAGACCUGAAAGAAGCUCUUCACUAUGAAAGCCCUGCGCGCACGCCUGGGUUCCCCACCUCUAUUAGCCCGAUACAUUUUGUCUGCAUCGGAGGACACGGCCAGUCGGCGAUCGCUCUGAUCUUGUUGAAAUUGGGAUAUGUUGUACAAGGAAGCGAUAUCAGAGAAAGCGACAAUGUCGACCGACUACGGGCCGCAGGUGCAACAGUAUUUAUUGGCCAUGCUGAAGACCAGCUCGGCUCGGCAAAGCUCGUGGUAGCAUCCACCGCGGCCACGAAGAACAAAACGAAUGUCGAGGUGGAAGCUGCCCGGGACAGACGGAUCCCGGUCAUUCACAGAUCGGAAAUGUUGGCCGCAUUGAUGCGCCAUCACAAGUCCAUUGCCAUUGGCGGCAGCCAUGGCAAGAGCACUACGACUAGCAUGGUUGCAGGCAUGUUAGAGGCUGGCGGACUGACCCCGACCACUAUAUCCGGCGCAGUCAUCAUGCAGUAUGGCAGCAAUGCUCACAUGGGCUCUGGGCACUGGAUGGUUGUGGAAGCCGAUGAAAACGAUGCCACAAUGGUCCAGCUGCCGGCCCUGAUCUCGGUGGUGACGAAUAUUGACAGUGACCAUAUCACUUUUUACGGGACACAAGAGAAGACCCGAGCAGCAUUUGCUCAAUUUGUGCGGAAUGUGCCAUUCUAUGGACUCGCGGUUCUCUGCAUCGACGACCCAGGAGUCCGCAAGAUCCUGCCUGAAGUUCAAGAUCGCAACAUCAUCACCUAUGGAGUCUCAGAGGAUGCCGACGUUCGUGCAGAGCAUGUCAAAUUCAACCCGCAAGACACUACCUUCGUCCUGUCCGUCCGAGACCGACAAGACGGAACUCAUCGAGUUGUUGGACCUAUGGUCUUGAACGUUCUGGGAUUGCAUAACCUGCAAAACCAGUUAGCCACCACCGCCAUUGCACUUGAGCUCGGCAUUGAACUGCAAAGCAUCCGACAUGCGUUGGGAAGCUUUCAGGGAACCCAUCGCCGGUACAUCCACGUCGGUGAAGCAAAUGGCAUUCAAAUCAUCGACGAUUUCGGCACCCACCCUGCGGAAAUGAGAGCGACACAAAUGAUGGCAAAGCAAGCGGGUGCGCGCCGAGUCAUUGCUGUCUACCAGCCUACCGCAGUAGUGAAAAAUGUUGAGGCAUGGCUGGAGGAAUAUCCCGCGGCUCUCGAAGAGUCGGCACACAUCAUCAUCGGCCAGGCAGAUGGAGUUGAUCCAGUCCCAGCGGGCCAGGCCCGGGAGACGCUUGUUCGAUACCUGCACUCCCACGGGCGUGAGGACACGAUCUCAAUGCCAGACCCGUCUGCACUUCCGGAGCUGGUGUCUCGUUUGGGGCGGAAAGGGGAUUUCGUGGUGUGCAUGGGCUUCCGUAGCUCAACCCUCUGGGCACGAGCAUUGGCGGGUCAAUUGGAAGCGCUGGGCACUCCGGGGAUGGAUGGGUCCGGUAAUAGGGCAUGA